AUGGCCUCCACUUUGGACGUCCGAUUCCUUGCCCAUCUUGCACUUGCAACUUUCACGUGGUUCACCAGCCUAGACUCCUGGGACCUAGGUUCCCGGAGGAACCCUCCCUCGACCGACAAAGCCACAGAGUCCGUCCUCUGUACUCUACCAGCGAAGGGAAGGAACCUCUCGUCUCUUUGCCUGGGGUGGACGGGAAAAGCCAAGAACACGGGGGAGGCUUAUCUGGAGGAUGAGGGACCCUUCCUCGCAAACGAUAUACCGACCACUGGGGUUGUUGAUUCGGGACCGGCGCAGUCAGCGGAGUUCACCGCGUGA